GUUUAGGUUUUUCACUUUUGUCAUCCACGCGCAGGGGCCAUGCUAAUCCGAUAAAACUUUACUUUUGUAAUAUUGGUUGAUGAUGAUUGCUUUUUCUUGGCUUAACAGCCUCUAAUUCUUUGAUUUCUUUUCGUGCAUUUCAUAAUUCAUACCCACAUAUCGUCAUUGUAACAGAACAAAACAGAACACCUCCUUGUCCUCUUCCUUACGUUGUAAUGUCCCUCCUGUCUAUCUCCUCAUUUCCUCGGUUCCUCGCAUUCUCCAGCGGCCGCCGCCGUGAAUCUACUUCUACCACCUGUCUGGUUCCUCCCCUCCGAUGGAACCGUUGCCUCAGUUUGCCGCAGGCAGGGCGUGUCGGCUUUCUGGGUUCUGCUACGGAACCAGCUGUUGUUAGAUUUAUUCCGCGUGGUCUCGGCGCCGUCGCAGAGGAUCUGCUUCAUGAUGCCGGAGCUACGGUGGCGGUUCUCGUCGGAGGAUACGCUCUCGUGUUCGCUUUUAAUGACUUGACGCGGCGGGAGGUUCUUCAACAGAACCUGAGCAGAAAACUGGUUCAUAUGCUCUCUGGAUUGCUCUUUGUAGCUUCCUGGCCGAUUUUCAGCAACUCUAUAGGGGCUCGCUACUUUGCUGCCUUUGUUCCUCUGGUGAAUUGCUUCAGGCUUGUGGUGAAUGGUCUGUCAUUGACGUCUGAUGAAGGAUUGAUUAAGUCCGUGACCAGAGAAGGACAGCCACGGGAAUUGCUGAGGGGUCCCCUGUAUUAUGUUUUGAUGCUGAUGUUAUGUUCUCUUAUCUUUUGGCGAAAUUCCCCUGUCGGGGUUGUCUCCUUGGCAAUGAUGUGCGGAGGAGAUGGUAUAGCUGAUAUUAUUGGCAGAAGAUUUGGAUCUGUGAAGAUUCCUUACAACAAGAACAAGAGUCUGGCUGGUAGCAUAUCCAUGCUUGCUUUUGGAUCAUUCAUUUCAAUUGGCAUUUUGGUGAUUUCACAUCUGGGUUUUACUAACAUACUCAUUUUGGAUGCUGUACUACUAUUCAGUGUUGGGAUAUAUGCAGUUGGAUUGGGGACGCACAGUGCAGAAUGUAGCUUUGGUUUCUUUGGUGGCAACAGUGGUGGAAUCCCUUCCUAUUUCAGAGGUUAUUGAUGACAACAUCUCUGUUCCUAUUGCAACCAUGGCUGUGGCUUCUUUCACCUUUUAUGCAUAGAUUUUCAACUUCAAAUCCCUUGAAGUAUCUCAGGAUAUGAAAUCAAGACAGGCUAGCUGAGCUCCACUUGCACAAGACUCAAACAUGCAGGUAGGGGUGGAAUGGGACCCACUCCUUUCCUUUUUCCUCUUUGCUACAACUUUAGAGAAUCUGGGCUCCUGCUUCUAAAUGCCUAUUACUACAUAUUAGCCCCAUCUCCAUCAAAUAGUAAAUGGAUCAGUUGAACAGACAAAGCAAGUGUUCCAAACAGUAGAAUCUUCGUUGAGCUGGAAAGUGAGUGGUUUUAGUAGAAAGGUAUAGCCGUGUAGGUCCAUCUGGUGACAUCUGAACAGAUUACUACCCCAAAAUUUAAUAUGGAAGCACAUUAGACAAUUUUAAGUUGAUCCCUCACUAAUAUAUCUGGUUAUAUUCAUGUAUUUAUGAUCAUGAUUAGUGAUGUGAUUUAGAAUAAACUACACUUUCAUCUAAUGA